UGGAUUACUCCUCCGACCAAACACACCAUAACAGACCUUCUUGGUGGUUGCGGAAACUCAGCUACUUCUGCUCUAAGUUUCACCUUCUUCUUUGUGUUUCAGAGACUUUAAUAAAUAAAAUUUGAAGGUCUCAGUGAAUCGAAUAUAAUGAAACAAAUGAACAACAACAUUAGCAACCCAUUUUCGUUUGGCCACAAACACAACCAUGUUUUUGUGAAAUUUGGAGUGUGUUUUCUCUUACUGGGUCUUUCUUAUCGCCUGUUUUUCUCCACUUCUAUAGAUUCUUCGCCUGUUGUGGACACUGACACAGCUUUUGUUGCGGAAGAUACAUUGUCACCUCCGGUGGGUAACCCGCCAAUUCCCGGCGAUCUUCCGGUGAAUGAGAGCCAAACAUAUCACAAUGAAAAAUGUGAUAUCUUUACUGGAGAGUGGGUUCCAGAUCCAACUGGUCCAUUUUAUACUAACAAUAGCUGCCAUUCAAUCGAAGAUCAUCAAAAUUGUAUGAGGAAUGGGCGGCCUGAUUCAGGGUAUAUUUACUGGAGAUGGAAGCCGCGAGAGUGUGAAUUGCCCAAGUUUAAUCCAGGAAGAUUUCUUGAUUUCAUGAGGGAUAAAUCCAUCGCCUUCAUUGGAGAUUCAAUCUCGCGUAAUCAAGUUCAGUCUUUGGUUUGUACUCUCUCAGAGGUAGAAAAAGCCGUUGAGGUCUACCACGAUGAGGAGUACAGAUCGAAAAGAUGGUCUUUUCCAUCCCACAACUUCAGUGUGUCAGUAAUUUGGACCCCUUUCCUAAUUAAAGCUGCUGUUUUUGAAGACAACAACGGAGUCUCAUCUGGUACAAUCCAGCUUCAUCUUGACCAACUUGAUGAAGUAUGGACAGAACAAUACAAAAACUUCGAUUAUGCAGUUCUUGCCGGUGGGAAAUGGUAUCUCAAAACAGCAAUCUACUAUGAGAACACCACAAUGGUGGGCUGCCAUAACUGUGAAAAGAACAUAACAGAGCUAGGUUUUGAGUAUGCAUAUCGAAAAGCACUACAGUUGGUUUUUAACUUCGUCACACACUCGAAUCACAAGGUGCAUAUAUUGUUCAGAACUAGCACUCCCGAUCAUUUUGAGAAUGGAGAAUGGAACACAGGGGGUUACUGUAAUCAAACAGUGCCAUUCAAAGAAGGCGAGGUUGAUAUCAGCGACGUGGACAGAGUAAUGCGUGAUAUUGAAUUGGAAGAAUUUGAGAACGCAGAGGCAAUAGGGUCCGAAAAAGGCUCGACUUUUAAGCUAUUUGACACAACCCAUCUUUCAUUGUUGAGACCUGAUGGGCACCCAGGAGUAUACAGGAUGUUCCAGCCAUAUGCUGGGAAAGAUAAAAGUGCAAAAGUUCAAAAUGAUUGCUUGCAUUGGUGCUUGCCUGGGCCUAUAGACUCUUGGAAUGAUUUGAUAAUGGAAAUGAUGCUCAAUUGAAGAUUCUGGUGGCUAUUGCCCCAUGUUUUGAUACCUUGGCUUUGCUGGGAUUUCUAAAGCAUUGGCUCCGUAUGAUCUCCAAUGAUUUGAAGAAGAGGGAUCUUUCUUCCUGGGAAUAGCUUUAUCAUCGAAGCUUUUUGCACAGAUUGUUUCGUACCACCAAUUGUUUAUGCAGAGGGGAUAAACUUGUAAGAAAGACAUUUGUAAUUACUUUUUUUUGACUGAAUCAUUAAACUACAGUCAUGACAUUACCAUCAAAUGGCUCAAAUCAAGCACUUCCACCAUUAAACAGCCUCUAACUAAAAUACUGCCUUCAAUACCUUGUAAGGCUAUAAGAUUUACACAGAAACUAGUUAAUGUGGUGAGACCUGUAUGUCUGGAAGUAUG